AUGCGGUUCUUUAGCAUCGACAAUAAAAUGAAGAUCUUGUGCUUGUGUAUGUUGGCUUGUUUAGUUGUUGUUAAGGCACAGACACGGGAACAUCAACUUAUAACAAAACGAGCUAUCGAGGUUCAUUGCCAGAAAUCAUUACGUGUUACGGACGAAUUGGUCAACGAAGUUGGCUCUGGAAAAGAAAGUGAUCCUGAAAAAGCAGGUGAAUUUGCCUACUGUGUGAAUUUAAAUAUCGGCAUCCAAAAUGAAUCAGGCGAGCUGAAUGUUGAAAGGGUUAAACAAUUAUUUAAAUUUCUUGAAAUUAAAGAGGACCAGAUUCAAGAGUUUUUAACAUUAUGUAAGGCAAAGAAAGAGUACACAAAACAGCAAAAUGGCCUUUUUAUCACGCAAUGUUAUAAAAAAUAUAAUAUAUAG